CCAUCUGCGCCAAUACCAUUGAUCGUGCCGCGCAUCAACGUCGCGUCCCAUCGUUUGCUCUAGACAUUCAACCUCCAUCCGCCGCCUAUUUUGCGUCUUGCCACACUUUGCAGACAUUGCCCUACGCCAGCGAUUCCCAUCGUGAUAAACUGGAAACCCACACAACCGGGUGCAAUUGAUGCGCCUUGCCGUCUCGGCAACAUGUCUACCCCGCUCCUACACGCGAAUCAUCGACGGCAUCCUUGCCGUAGCCGAUCUCGAGACCGUCACACGCAAGAAAGUCCGCAAGGGUCUCGAGGAAGCCAUCAGCAAGGACCUUAGCAACCAGAAAGAUGCCAUUAAGGCCCUAAUCGAGGCGCGCUUUGACGCCAUCUCCAACGAGGUAGCCCAGGUACCCACACCGACAUCUGGCGCGGCCGCCGGACACGAGAUCAAUGGCCGCUCCUCGUCGGCCGAUGGCGAGAUCGAGGUGUCGCUACCCCCGCCCAGCAAAAAGCCCAAGAGGGAGGCGAGCUCGAGCGAGGAGGCCGAUGCCCGCCUGGCCGCCGAGCUACAAGCCCAAGAAAACAGGCUGUCCCGCGGCCGAGUGACUCGCGGUGGCGCGGCCGGCGCUUCCAAGCCCAAGUCGAAGCCGAAGCCGGCCAAGAAGAAGACGCCGAAGCGGGUGCGCUCCGAUGAAGAUAGCAACGUUGAGGAUUCAGAGGCCGGUGCCGAGCCCAAGAAGCGCAAGGCCGGCGGCGGCUUCCAGAAGCCCUUCAACCUCAGCGUCCCGCUGGCAGAGCUGUGCGGUGAGAGCCAGCUAUCCCGCCCGCAAGUUGUCAAAAAGAUAUGGGAAUACAUCAAGGGCAACGAGCUCCAAGAUCCCAAUGACAAGCGCCAGAUUUUGUGCGACGAAAAGUUGCAUGCCGUCUUCAGGCAGGACAAGGUAAACAUGUUCUCGAUGAACAAGCUCCUGGGGAAUCAGUUAUACCCAAUCGAAGACUGAGGCUGGCUUUCUUAUUUCUCAUCCCUGGACUCCUGGACAAGGUCGGCGUUCAUGGCGCUUUGGGCACUUGACAUCGGCUUGGAGACGGUUCUUACGGCAAUGUCUCUUCUUUAUCUCCUUUGCCCAUUCGGUGGACAGUUUGCUGUCUUCGUCGAUGGCCAACCUCAGCUUCUCGCAUCGUCGAGGUUGACAGUUCUCAUGUUUCGGCAAAUCACCAGCUCCAUUUUUCCGUCGAACAUGACGACAGGAGGCAUUCCAUCGAACCCCACGCAGCCUACCCUUGGGCAAUUACAAUCUAAUUUUCCUUCUAUAUCUAGCUGGGUAGUUCUCCCAGAACCGACAUU